AUGAACUUUUACACAGUGGAACCGGAGAUCAAGCUGGUUGGCAACAUGCAUGGCAACGAGGUCCUGGGUCGUCAGUUGCUGCUCUACCUGGCCCAGUACCUGUGUUCCGAGUAUCUCCUUGGCAACCAGCGUAUCCAGACGCUCGUAAACACCACGCGCAUCCACAUCCUGGCAUCCAUGAACCCCGACGGUUACGAGCUGGCGGCCGCCGAGGGUCACGAGCUCAACGGUUGGACGGUGGGUCGCACCAACGCUCAGAACCUAGACUUGAACCGGAACUUUCCUGACCUUACGUCCAUCCUCUACCGGAAUCGCAGGAUCAAACGGUUCCGCACAGACCACAUCCCCAUCCCAGACUCUUACUGGUUUGGUAAGGUAGCUUCAGAGACCUAUGCAGUGAUGAAGUGGAUAAGGUCUGUGCCGUUUGUCCAGUCUGCGAGCCUCCAUGGCGGGGAGCUGGUGAUCUCUUAUCCCUUUGACUUCUCUAGACACUUCCAUGAAGAGAGGAUGUUCUCCCCUACACCUGAUGAACAGGCAUUUAAGCAGCUGGCCCGGACAUACGCAGACUCUCACGCCAGCAUGGCCGACAACAACACAGACAGGUGUGGAGCGUCCUUCAUCAGGAACGGAGGUAUCAUCAACGGGGCUCUGUGGUACAGCUUCCCAGGAGGCAUGUCAGACUUUAACUACCUCCACACUAACUGCCUGGAGAUUACGGUGGAGCUGGGCUGUGACAAGUUCCCUUCUGAAGAGGAGCUCUACCCAGAGUGGCUCAGGAACAAGGAGGCCUUGCUCAGUUUCAUGGAGUCGGUCCACAGAGGUAUUAAGGGAGUGGUGAAGGAUGAAGAGGGCUAUGGAAUAAAGGGAGCGUCCGUAUCUGUCAGGGGAAUCCGUAAAGAUGUCACCACAGCGGAGGAAGGUGAUUACUGGAGGUUAAUGAACUCAGGAACACACAUCAUAACAGCAUCAGCUAAAGGUUACUCCAAAGUCAGCAAGAGAAUUUACCUGCCUGCUCACAUGGAAAAAGCUGGGCGGGUCGACUUCGUGCUCAAAAAGGUCCCUGUUCAGCCAGUAGGACCAGACUACCACCUGUUCCUCAGCUCCUCCCUGGACACUUAUGAGCGCUUCGACCCUUACAACCACUUCCAGAGCUACGGCCGCUCCGAGCCGGGAGAACCGAGGGAACCCAGGGAACCGAGGGAACCCAGGGAACCGGGGAUGGGAGCAGAGGAGCAGGAGAAGCCGUGGUGGUGGAACUACUUUACUCAGGCAGGAGUCUCUGCUCCCACCUGGCUGCUACGGAACCACUAGAAGACUGGACAGGAGAAAGACUGAAACGGCACACUAUUCCCUUAUUCCCUAUUCCCUUAUUCCCUCACACUAUUCCCUUAUUCCCUAUUCCCUUAUUCCCUCACACUAUUCCCUUAUUUGGUGCACUACAUUUGACCAAAGCCCAAGUGCAUUGUGGGGCGGCAGGGUAGCCUAGUGGUUAUAGUGUAGGAGAGGCAGGAUAGCCUAGUGGUUAGAGCGUUGGACUAGUAGCCGACUAGUUCAAAUCCCCGAGCUGACAAGGUACAAAUCUGUCAUUCUGCCCCUGAACAAGGCAGUUAACCCACUGUUCCUAGGCCGUCAUUGAAAAUAAGAAUUUGUUAUUAAACUGACUUGCCUAGUCAGGUAAAAUACAAAUUAUUUGUAGAUUUCAUCCCAAAUGGCACCCUGUUCCCUAUAUAGUGCACCCUGUUCCCUAUAUAGUGCACCCUGUUCCUAUAUAGUGCACUCUGUUCCCUAUAUAGUCAAAAGUAGUGCACUGUAAAGGGAUUGGGUGCUAUGUGGAAUGUCUCCUACAAGUAGAGGCAUGAAUUGGUUCUCAAUCUUCGUUUGGUUUCUGUUCCCCAUCACAUUCCCCUCAUGUUACCAGAAGGCCUUAUGUUCUGUUUAGUCUUCCUGUGUAGAGAGGCCAGGUACCCUGUCCACCAGGGGAUCACCUACCGCCACUAUGGACAGGAAUCUGAUCAUGUGUCCUGACCAGGAAUGAUUCUGGGCCCCCAUUAACAUAUUGGGUGUUCUAUUAUGUUUCAUUAAGACAUUCUGUCUUCCUCAGUGUUCUAUUGUGUUUCAUUAAGACAUUCUGUCUUCCUCAGUGUUCUAUUGUGUUUCAUUAAGACAUUCUGUCUUCCUUAGUGUUCUAUUAUGUUUCAUUAAGACAUUCUGUCUUCCUCAGUGUUCUAUUAUGUUUCAUUAAGACAUUCUGUCUUCCUCAGUGUUCUAUUAUGUUUCAUUAAGACAUUCUGUCUUCCUCAGUGUUCUAUUAUGUUUCAUUAAGACAUUCUGUCUUCCUCAGUGUUCUAUUAUGUUUCAUUAAGACAUUCUGUCUUCCUCAGUGUUCUAUUAUGUUUCAUUAAGACAUUCUGUCUUCCUCAGUGUUCUAUUAUGUUUCAUUAAGACAUUCUGUCUUCCUCAGUGUUCUAUUAUGUUUCAUUAAGACAUUCUGUCUUCCUCAGUGUUCUAUUAUGUUUCAUUAAGACAUUCUGUCUUCCUCAGUGUUCUAUUAUGUUUCAUUAAGACAUUCUAGUUCUGUCUUCCUCAGUGUUCUAUUAUGUUUCAUUAAGACAUUCUGUCUUCCUCAGUGUUCUAUUAUGUUUCAUUAAGACAUUCUGUCUUCCUCAGUGUUCUAUUAUGUUUCAUUAAGACAUUCUGUCUUCCUCAGUGUUCUAUUAUGUUUCAUUAAGACAUUCUAGUUCUGUCUUCCUCAGUGUUCUAUUAUGUUUCAUUAAGACAUUCUGUCUUCCUCAGUGUUCUAUUAUGUUUCAUUAAGACAUUCUAGUUCUGUCUUCCUCAGUGUUCUAUUAUGUUUCAUUAAGACAUUCUAGUUCUGUCUUCCUCAGUGUUCUAUUAUGUUUCAUUAAGACAUUCUAGUUCUGUCUUCCUCAGUGUUCUAUUAUGUUUCAUUAAGACAUUCUAGUUCUGUCUUCCUCAGUGUUCUAUUAUGUUUCAUUAAGACAUUCUAGUUCUGUCUUCCUCAGUGUUCUAUUAUGUUUCAUUAAGACAUUCUAGUUCUGUCUUCCUCAGUGUUCUAUUAUGUUUCAUUAAGACAUUCUGUCUUCCUCAGUGUUCUAUUAUGUUUCAUUAAGACAUUCUAGUUCUGUCUUCCUCAGUGUUCUAUUAUGUUUCAUUAAGACAUUCUGUCUUCCUCAGUGUUCUAUUAUGUUUCAUUAAGACAUUCUAGUUCUGUCUUCCUCUGUGUUCUUAUGUUUCAUUAAGACAUUCUGUCUUCCUCAGUGUUCUAUUAUGUUUCAUUAAGACAUUCUGUCUUCCUCAGUGUUCUAUUAUGUUUCAUUAAGACAUUCUAGUUCUGUCUUCCUCAGUGUUCUAUUAUGUUUCAUUAAGACAUUCUGUCUUCCUCAGUGUUCUAUUAUGUUUCAUUAAGACAUUCUAGUUCUGUCUUCCUCAGUGUUCUAUUAUGUUUCAUUAAGACAUUCUGUCUUCCUCAGUGUUCUAUUAUGUUUCAUUAAGACAUUCUGUCUUCCUCAGUGUUCUAUUAUGUUUCAUUUAGACAUUCUGUCUUCCUCAGUGUUCUAUUAUGUUUCAUUAAGACAUUCUGUCUUCCUCAGUGUUCUAUUAUGUUUCAUU